GUCUACUAUUUAAAACGCAAGUAUACGUAUUUGGACAAGGCCACUGUCAAACUAAUUGCCUCGUGGAACACUAGCCACAGACAUUCCAAUGUAGUGACAGUGCAUUGAAUUUGCAUAUUUUAACUACUCAGCGGCUAUUGUCCAACCGCCACCGCAGCAAAUGGGCUACCAACUACCAACACAACAACAGCAGGUCCUAAUCAAUGCUGCUAAGGGUGGCCUUUUCAUCUCACUCGGCAACUUUCACGGUUUCGUGACUCGUCGUGGGGGAUAAAAGUUCUAUCACUUUUUAAUUGAAUCGCUUUUGAGGACUACAUUUGCCUACAUUUUGAUCCAGAAAGCAGGCAUGGCUGUUGGACUCGGGAGGAGCGAGCCAAAGCGUCAGUGACUGCCUUGUCACACACCCCACUCUGAAGAAGGGAUAUGCAAGCUCUCAACACCGGACAGUUCUCUCAGGAAAUUCCUAAUUUUGCCAAGGGUCACCUGUUCUCCGGGCUGGUUUGUCAGCUGUAAAAGCUUCUAUUUUCACUUCUGUCCGGAGGAGUAUUACUGGCUGUGUAUGUUCCUGAUAAAGACCAUCCCUAUCCUCUACCUUUAAAUAGUCUGAUCUGAAGCUCCGUGCCAGGAAGGGACAGCUGGGACAUUGAGCAUCACUAUGGCAUCUGAGGACAUAGAAGCUGCUGUGUGUCGUGGGACAGUGCUGGAGUCUGCCGAGACCAGAAAUGACUUUGUCACUUCAGACUACAGCAUGUCUUGGAGUCAAAGCAAAGCACGCCCACAUUCUCACCAGCCAGAAGUUAGCGACCAGGGCAGCAGAGGCCGCUGCUCACCCCUCCCUCAGUAUCUGAAGUUAUCUUAUGACACUGGGCAGGGGAUGUUUUUGGAUGCAGGAUGCAAAUACUGGUAUUACUCUAACCCUAAACAUGCUAGUGCCGUAGACCAGCUCAGCGCCACAUCUCUGGGGGAGCGGGGGUUGGGUGAUAGGGCUUGGGAGGCUAGUUGCAGAAGGACCUGGCACCCCAGUGAGAGACCUAUCGUAUCAGUUAGAGGGCACGGCGCGGAGACUCUGGCCAUCAGCCUGCGUGUUUGCAGGGGGCUGCUCGGCUACUCCGGAGUCAGACUCUCGGAGAUCCACCAUGUGCUGAAAGUUGACAACCUGGUCCACACAUGCAGGAAGCUCCUAGCCUUUGCCAGAUGUGUGUGUCUUAGGGAGGAAUGGCCCCCCUACCUCUGCCCGGCUCAGCCUAGGUACAGGUACCGGGCCAGCUCCCAGAAGACCUCGGUGUAUGCCUGUCUGACCGGGGCCCUGCUGGAGGCCACCGCCGCCAUCGGGGCCCGCAGUGCUCUGCCCAGAGUCACUGUGUGCUCCACUGGCCACGCCAUGCUCAAAGAGCGUCAGCUGUGCAGCACGUCGGUGUCGAGCGCCCUUCCGCCCAACGUGAUGGACAUCAGCAAGGAGCUGGCCGAGCUGCGCCACCUGAUCCAGUUCCCCGAGGAGAUUGCUCGGAUCCUGACGGAGCAGGAGCGGCAGCUUUACCGACGCAUCUUACCCCUGGACUACCUCUGCUUUCUCACUAGGGACCUGGGCAUCCCCGACUGUAGCAAGCACCUGCACCCCAGCCUCGAGGCCUCGCUGUCGGACCCGGCCUUGCCCACGCAGACCCAGAGAAACUCUGUGGAGGACCUGGUCACACGAUUCAAUGAGGUGAGCUUGUGGGUGACCUGGUUGAUCCUGACUGCGGGUACCAUGGAGAAGAAGAGAGAGGUGUUCUCCUACCUGGUCCAUGUAGCCAAGUGCUGCUGGAACAUAGGCAACUACAACGCUGUCAUGGAGUUCCUGGCUGGACUACGGUCUCGUAAAGUGCUGAAGAUGUGGCAGUUCAUGGACCAGUCGGACAUUGAGACCAUGCGCAGCCUGAAAGAUGCCAUGGCGCAGCACAAGUCUUUGUCCGAGUACAGGAAGGUGGCACUUAACAUCCCAGGGUGCAAGGUGGUGCCCUUCUGUGGCGUCUUCCUCAAAGAGCUGAGUGACGCGCUGGAUGGGGCCGCCAGCAUUAUCAGCCUGCGCCACUCACCGCACGACUCGCCAGAGUUUGUGACGGACUACGGCGGGCAGGAGCACUUCCUGCAGAGGGUGGGGCCAGACGGACUGCACAGCCACGAGAAGGAGGCCACGGUCAGUAACAUCCUGCAGAUCAUCCGCUCCUGCAACCGCAGUCUGGAGACGGAGAAUGGGGGCCACCACAAAGGCUUCUCCACCUCUCACAGGAACUAUUUCAUGGACAGGAACCUCAGGUUUGUGGAGGGGGACCUGUCUGAGCAGGCUAAAGAGGUGGCAUUCCAGGGCACCGAUGAGACCCACCGGGCCUUUAGCCACGGCACGGAGCUCAUUCCCUGGUACGUGCUCUCCCUCCAGCCUGACGUCCACCAGUUCCUCCUGCAGGGAUCCACUGUCAUCCACUACGACCAGGAGAGCCACCUCACCGCUCGCUGCUUCCUCCGCCUGGAGCCCGACAACUGCUUUCUGACCUGGGCUAAUCCCCAGAGCGGCAGCCCCCCCACAGAUCCCCCAGGCCUGGGUCAACACGUAGUGAGCGGCCUGGCGGACGGCCUGCUGGACCUCUCUGUGGUCAAGGCUGUGUUCAUGGGCCACCAGGGGGUGGACAUGUUUGCUGUGUGUCUGCAGAACAAGCUGUGUAACACCAUGAGGGCCGAGGAGAAUGGGGUCAGUCUGCUCUACGGGCUCCAUACUACAGACAACAGGCUACUGCACUUUGUGGCCCCCAGGCACACAGCCUGCAUACUGUAUGAGGGCCUGGUGGAGCUGGUCAACGCCAUGAGGAAGCUGAAGAAGUUCCCCGAUAAGAGGCUGCACUGGCUCAGGAGGCAGUACGUCCGCCUCUAUAGGGAGGAGGGCAGGUACGAGGGUCCCACCCUAGCUCAGGCCAUCAGGCUGUUUGGAGGGCGGUGCUGGAACAUGGGCACAGAGGCCACAGAGAAGCCCAGCGCGCAGAAGAACAGCUCCACCACCAAGAAGAAGAAGAAUGCUCUCGUCAGGAAAUACAGCGGGGAUGCCACCGAUGACGAGACGAGCCAACGUAAAACCAAGAGCUGCAAGGACACCCUGUGCAGAAACGGGCCGGAGCUAUAUAACAGCGUGCACCAGGAAGAGUUAGAGGACUGCUUCCCUGGACCCUUCCCCCCACCGAGCUGUAAGAGCCCUGGUUCCAUGGCCUCUGGUUCCCUGGCCUCCUCCCCCAUCCUCUCAGGCAGCACCAAGGCCCAGCCAGGUGCAUGGAGCAGCAAGAGCUGGCACGGCCUAGGGAAGGGCUUCUUCAAGGGCUUCCAGGACCUCAUGAGCUCUGACAGCACUAUGAGCUUCAUCGAGUUCGUCGAGCUCUUCAAGUCUUUCAGCAUUCGGAGCCGUAAAGACCUGAAGGAGCUGUUUGACACCUACGCCGUUCCUUGCAGUAGCUCUGGCCCAGAGUCUGCCCCCCUCUACACCACCCUGAGGACUGACGACAAGGACACGGGACUGCAGCCUGACCUAGACUUGCUGACCCGUAAUGGAUCGGACCUGGGCCUCUUCAUCCGACCACGCCAGCAGACGUCGGAAAACCAGAAGCAGAUCUCAGACGCCAUUGCUGCAGCCAGCAUCGUGACUAAUGGGACGGGCGUGGAGAACGCCUCUCUAGGGGUGCUUGGGCUGGCCGUCCCACAGCUCAAUGACUUCCUGGUGAACUGCCAGCGAAAACACCUGACCUACGACGAGAUCCAAAGCAUUAUCCAGACAUUUGAGCCUUGUGUAAGCGUACGUCAGAUGGGUUGGAUGUCCUUUGAAGGUUUUGCCAGGUUUUUGAUGGACAAGGAGAACUUUGCGUCUAAGAACGAGGAGUCUCAGGUGAACGCGGAGGAGCUCCACUACCCAAUGUCUUACUACUACAUAGAGUCCUCUCACAACACGUACCUCACUGGACACCAGCUCAAAGGAGAGUCCUCCGUGGAGCUUUACAGCCAGGUCCUGCUGCAGGGCUGCAGGAGUGUGGAGCUGGACUGUUGGGAUGGAGACGACGGAUCACCCAUUAUUUACCACGGAUACACCCUGACCACCAAGAUCCCCUUCAAGGAUGUGGUGGAGGCGAUCAAUCGCACUGCUUUUGUCAACUCAGACAUGCCGGUCAUCCUAUCCAUUGAGAACCACUGCUCUCUGCCCCAGCAACGCAAAAUGGCUGAAAUCUUCAAGGCGGUGUUCGGAGUCAAGCUGGUGAGCAAAUUCCUGUUUGAAAGUGAUUUCUCUGAUGACCUGCUGCUCCCCUCCCCACUGCAACUGAAGGGAAAGAUCCUCCUCAAGAACAAGAAGCUGACGGCACACCAGGCUCCUGUUGACACUCUCAAACAGAAGACUCACCAGCUGGCCCACAUAAAGGCACAGACCAGCAACGGGGCCCCGGGAGGAAGCUCUCCUGGUAACCACGACGAUGAUGAAGAGGAAGAAGACGAGUAUGACGAUGACUGUGAAUCCUUGUCUGAUGAUAACGUCCUGAAUGAUAAACCAGAAAGGAAGUCAUCAGGUGACAAGGAAGACCAUCCCAUCACUGAUGAGAUGGCCAAGAGGGUGAAGAAAGCAGACAAUGCUGUAACCAAGUACAAAGGGAAGGUAUUUGACAUAGAGCUGGAAGAAGAUUUAUAUCCCCCCCAGAACAAGAAGGAGAGUCGACACAUCGCUCAGGAGCUCUCUGACCUCAUCAUCUACUGCCAGGCCGUCAAGUUCCCUGGCCUCUCCACCCUCUCUCAUUCGGCCUCUGGCAGAAGAAAAGACAGAAAGAACAGGAAGUCCGUCUUUGCCAUGGAUCCUGGUCGUAGUGGAGGAAGCCCCAGGGAGGCGGUACAAGGGAAGGGUAGCGUGGAGGGCAUCCGUCUGAGCUGGGAAGAGCAGACAUCGCCCGUGCUCAGUCCCAAUGCCUCAGUGAGUACCAUCAUCCACACUCCCAAGUGCUACCACAUCUCCUCUGUCAACGAGAACACUGCCAAGCGCCUGUGCCGCCGUAACUCAGAGAAGCUGAUCCAGCACACCACCUGCCAGCUGUUAAGGACCUACCCGGCCGCAACACGCAUCGACUCAGCCAACCCCAACCCUCUGCCCUUCUGGCUACACGGCAUGCAAGUGGUGGCUCUCAACUAUCAGACUGAUGACCUGCCCAUGCAGUUGAACAUGGCUCUGUUUGAGGCGAAUGGGCAUUGUGGAUAUGUCCUGAAACCUCCCGUGCUGUGGGAUCGCUGCUGUCCCCUCUACCAGCAACUCUGCUCCCUGGAGAGAGACAUGGAGAGCAUAAGCCCAACACUCUACUCUCUGACUAUUGUGUCUGGGCAGAACGUGUGCCCUGCCAACAGCGCGGGCAGCCCCUGUGUGGAGGUGGAAGUGAUGGGCAUGCCCGUGGACAGCUUCCAAUUCCGCACCAAGCCCAUCCACCGCAACGCGCUCAACCCCAUGUGGUCAGAGCACUUCCGAUUCCCCGUGCACUUUGAGGACACCUGCUUCCUGCGCAUCGCUGUGGUUGAGAACAACAGCUACCAGACCACCGCUCAAAGGAUUCUGCCACUACGGGCCCUCAAACCAGGCUAUAGACACAUCCAGCUGAGGACGCAGCACAACGAGCCCCUGGAGGUGUCCAGUCUGUUCAUCUAUAGCCGCAGAGUAGAGGAGAGCCCCACCGGCACAGCCCUGCCUGCUGCCAUGCUGUUUAGUUCUGAGGAGCGGAGGGCAGCCCAGCAGCACAAAGUGACUGUCCAUGGUGUGCCAGGUCGAGAGCCUUUCACUGUAGUGUCUGUGAAAGAGCAGACCACCGCCGGACAGCUACUGGACACGUUGCUGAUGUCCACAGAUGGUGCCAGUGAAUACUUCCUGUGUGAGGAGAAGGUGUCACUGGGGAAGGAGCGCAGUGAGCGUAAGAGGUGUCCUCAGCAGCGCCCCGUAGCCCCUGAGGAGGAGAUCAUCAGGGUUAUCAACAGCUGGCAGCCCGAAGAGGGAUAUGUGGGCAGAAUCUGUCUUAAAACCAAGGAAGAGAUGGCCCGUGAGGACAAGAGGAAAGGCCUCUCGUUUGCCAGCGAGCUGAAGAAACUGACGAGUUGCAGCCAGAGCGUCAUCGCCUCAGCCACACAAGAGAGCAGCCACAGUAAGGAUGAAAGCAGCAGGGCAACAUACUGUGUGCCUCUGACUGAGACCCAUGAGUGAGACGCUCGGUCUGCAGUGUGUGGAUGGAGUCCCCAGAAGGGAAUCUCUCUGCAGGACUCGAAGGCCUGGGUGGUGGAGGGCUGGGCGGAGGCGGAGAGGCUCCUCCUGGGGGGCGGUGACCAUCCUGUCCUUGGGAGCAGGGCCCACACCGGCUAUCUGACCCCCGCCCGGUUUCUCCCUCUGCUGAGGAACUGGAAGAUCCACAAAUGAUGCCAGGCCCCCCUCCACCACCUUUAGAGCGCACCAGUAUUCCUGAACACACCAUGAUGAGUUGAGUUAGUCCCUCCCGUGAGUAAAGAACUUCCCCCAGAAAGUCCCACCCUGGCUGGCUGGUUGAGUUCGAUGGCGGCUCCAGGAUGACGGUUCGGAGUGAAGGAAUGUCGUGUUAUCUGCUGGGUCGUUAGCUGCCCCCCUCCUGUGUUCAUUAGGGUACACCGUAGCAAAACAUUUUGCAACAGAAAAAUACACAAGUGUUUCUUAUUGGACAAGUUUAGGUAGUUCCUCCUUGUUUCAGUCCAUUUUAUUAUUGUUUGGUGCCUAAUGAAUACAUCCCUGAAGUGGUGGCCGUGUUGAGGCAGUUGCUGAAUGCAGCAGCCAGCCUAACCCUGUUCAGCCUGUUUUUUUUGAGAAUGAAUAAAGGCCAUGCUGUAUCUUCUACCCACAGCUGAGUCAAUGGCCUACUGUAGGCUGGUGUAGAAUGUCUGCAUGAACUCCAGACAGUGUAUUUAGUUAAGGUGCGGGAAGCAGCAGUAACUGCGGCUCCCAGCCUUUCUCCUGCUAACAAUGACGGCAUUGUGAAUGUGGCCAACAAGCUGGCUUGUUGUUUGAUUCCCUUUGGCUGCAUUUACACAGGCAGCCCAAUUCUGAUCGUUUGCCUAAUUAUUGGCAAAAUAGCUGAUCUGAUUGGUCAAAAGGCCAAUUAGUGAAAAAGAUUGAUGCAGGCCUUAUGUCCCAGUUUUCACAGUACUGUAAUUUAUAACUAUAUAGUUGUGUAUUUGAUGAUAUUUAGUGUUUUGCACGUAGUAGUUUUGCUGUUAUGUUCAGUAUUUUUUUAUCGCCAUUUUUCCGAUGGUUUAUCUUGUUUGAUAUGAAAGAGUGCGCUUCAAAAGUAUUGUGACGGUGACUGGGUUUUUGUUUUGGCUCCUUACACUCGCACUUUGGAUUUGAAAUUAUACAAUGAUUAUGAGGUUACUAAAGUGCGGACUGUCAGCUUUAAUUUGAGGGUAAAAAAUAUUUUGUCAUUUUGGAGAAUCUAAGAAUUUAAUAUGUUUUUGAAACACUUCUACAUGAAUGUGGAUGCUACCAUUUAUUACGGAUAGUCCUGAAUGUAUCGUGAAUAAUGAGUGAGAAAGUUAGACGCACAAAUAUCAUACCCACAAAACAAUGCUAACCUCCCCUGUUAUUGUGAUGGUGUGAGGUAAGCAUGUCUUGGGGGUAUGAUAUUUGUGCGUCUAACUGUCUCACUCAUCAUUAUUCAUUAUCCACAAUCAUGGUAGCAUCCACAUUAAUGUAGAAGUGUUAAGAAACAUAUUCUAUUCUUAUUUACAAUAAAAGUGACACCCAAAUGACAAUGCAUGAUUUACCAUUCAUUUCUAUUGGUCACAAAAUAAUCUGAAACACAGCCACGACAAACUGUGAAUCCAUCCAAGUUUGUAGAGUUACAAGCUUGAAGUAAUCAUUGCGUGCUAGGAAUAUGGGACCAAAUACUAAACUUUUGACUACUUUAAAACACAUAUAUGUGAAUUUGUCCCAAUACUUUUGGUCCCCUAAAAUGGGGCAUUAUGUACACUUAAGUCCUGUAGUUUCUAAAUGGUUAACCCAAUAUGGAUGAAAAUACCCUAAAAUUAAAGCUAACAGUCUGCACUCCUCAUAGUCAUUUUAAAUCCAAAAUGCUGGGGUACAGAGCCCCCAAAAAAAAAUACAGCUCACUGUAUGAUGGUGUAUCGUGUUUGAUAUAUUUGAAAACAAAAUGAGAUUUUCAUUGCAGCAGGUCCAAGCAUAUCAGCAGUUGAGAACCCCAUCACCUCUUGAUAGCAAGAGAGGUUUUCGAAUCCCCAGGUAUAAUUAUUUUUGUGAAACAUCAGAUCAAAAGUACAUUUUUAAAGGGGCAAUCAUCAAUUUAUUCAUCCAAAAAUGGAUGUAGCAAUUGCUAAGUACCCAUUUGAUUCUUGAAUAAUAUAACUUUAAAUUAAAUACCUCAUAAGCUUAGUUCAACUGUCGUACCACAUCAAAACCCAAAAUAUAAGCUUGUUUUACUCCAAUGUUUGUAAACAAACAAAAUGUAAACAAACUAUAUAGCCUCAAACCAUGGUUAAAAGUUUAAUGUUGAUAUCAUGGUUGGUCAAUACUUGCAUCCAUAGAUAGCUCUGUCUGUGAAUUUGAGGGAUUACCUUUCUCCAGCCCAUCCCUCAACUUUUAACCGAACCAGUGGGGAGUCCGCUUUGCAAUUGUUUUUACUGCUGAUUGCCGCUUUAAAGUAAUUUUGUUGAUGUCUAUUGGAGCACACACAACUAUCAUAAUGUCAAUACAGGGUUUAGCGAUUUCUGAUAUUGUUCCCAAGUUGUUUAUUGAUGAAAUUGAUUAUAGUAUUAUACUGAGUAGUCUACUAGGUGUUUUAAUCUAUGCCCAUUUCAGCCUGUUGUCAGAAACUUGAUUCAAUGGGGGCCGUGUUGUUUCCCUCCUUACUUUAGAAUGUGGAUCACUAAGUGUGAGAUUUGUAUAACAAAGUCACUGUCUGUAGUUUUUUUUUUCAACUUAGUAUAAGUUUGCUUUGAAACUAUGGUGUGGCAUUUCUAAUGAAUGAUUUAUAUUGUACUUGGUGUCUGAUCAUUGGUACUGCAAAAGUGUCAACUUCCUUAUAGAUCUAGAUACACAUUUCAGCCUCUCCCCCCUGGGUCCACAUAAUCUCACAGCAGACAAAAUGACUCAAAAUGAGCCUCUGCAUGAGAUGUAUAAAUACUACAGUAGUUAUAUUACAAAGACCUAUACACUCGUGCCCGUUUACGGGUUGAAAAUGGCAGAUUUAGGCACUGAUAAGUGUCUAAAUUGGAACGCAGUUGCUGUAUAGUAACAUGCUACACAUUACGUCAGAGCUCUGCGCUUCACAGCGCCGUAUGAGUUUUGACUGACAGCCGUUCUGAGCACCGCACGCGACAAAAAGCUGCUCCCAUCCCUCCUGCUAAUUGGGCAACUUUUACAAAUGUUUUGUCUCGGUGAGGGGAAAUGCUGUCAAUCAAGAGGAUUCAAUGUAUUUUGAAAGAUGAGCCGUUGAUGAUUAUAAUAAAUACCACUUUGAUGUCAUACAAGCCAAGCCAAUGUUCACUUAACAUUUCCAUAUCAUAAAACUCAUGUCAUAUAGAGUUUUAACGUUUGAUCACUGAUGUACAGUUACAAGAUGACAGGGUGUCAUACCCUGGGAUGUUCUGACCAGAAUCUGUUUAUCUAUUGUGUUGAAAAUUCGCUUCGGAACACGCACCUGAAUGCACGCGUGACUCCUUUCUAUGCGCACCAAAAUGACGAUCUGUUUCUCUGAAUUGCCUUUGUAAAAGCCUAACACUGUAAGAUUGUAUUUUAUAACUUAGCUAGUCAUGUUGGCAAUAGAACAAACAAAACAAAUGUGCUUUCUCUAGUUUCUCAACAGCACAGCUUGGAGGGCUCAAAAAAGCACGUUAUCGUUGAAGACUGAGUCAAAGUGCAUUGAAAUGACUUAGGAACUGCGUACACUUGAGAGGUGUGUGACCACUUGGAGACACCAGUUAGUCUUCUCACUCAAACCGUCGUCUUAGGUUGCACCCACCCUACAUUUUCCAAUAAUGUUCUUAUGUUACUGAAUGUAUCCAGAGUAUUUUCAAAUUUCGUUAUCAACAAAUGCGGUGAAAAGUACAGUAAAUGUAAGGUGUUUGGAGUCGGUCUUGUGUCAGGGGAACGUUGGUUUUAUAAUUUCCCCAUAAUCUCAAUCUGUUGCCUCUCAAUUGCUACCAUGCAUGUGCUUUUCAUAUUUCUUUUGUAAGAAACAUUUCAAUUUAACCCAAUCAAUGUAGGCCAAUUCCCACGAGUGUAAAGGGUUAAAUGUCCAGUAUCAACAAAUUUACAACCAAUUAAUGGGGUUGAGGGCGUGGUUAAAAUUGGUACAGAAUUGGUACCGGAGUGUGAAAUGUGAUGGUUUUCAGCUAUUUUCCUGCAAUUUUAUACAAAUUGCAGGAAAUUAACGAGCGCCACAAUGCCUACUUCCACAUCGAUAGUGGAUCGGGUCGAGAGCUUAAAGUUCCUCAGUGUUCAUAUCACUAAGAAAUUAACAUGGUCCACACAGCUGUGAAGAGGGCAGACAGUGCCUCUUCCCCCUCAGGAGGCUGAAAAGAUUUGGUAUGAUGCACAAAAAGUUAUAAUGCUUAUAUAAGUUAUAAUUGUCAAACUCCAGCCACCCAAGUCAUAGACUGUUAUUUCGGUAACACUUUACUUGACACUCAGCAUCAUAACAUUAUGACAGUCAUAACCAUGCCAUAACUGCUGACGUAACUUGUCAUAAUAUGGGCUUAACCCUGCCAUGACCCAUAUAUUUACACUUUUGAGACAUAUUGGGUUAUUUUAUGGCUGUGGUAUUUACCACCUGUGGUAAAUAAAAUUGAUUGGACAUGAUUUGAAAGGCACACCUGUCUAUAUAAGGUCCCACAGUUGACAGUGCAUGUUAGAGAAAAAACCAAGCUAUGAAAUCGAAGGAAUUGUUCGUAAAGCUCCGAGACCAGAUUGUGUCGAGGCACAGAUCUGGGGAAGGGUACAAAAAAAUGACUGCAGCAUUGAAGGUUCCCAAGAAGACAGUUGCCUCCAUCAUUCUUAAAUGGAAGAAGUUUGGAACCACCAAGAGCUGAGCUGCCCGACCAAACUGAGCAAUCAGGGGAGAAGGGCCUUGGUCAGGGAGUUGACCAAGAAUCCGAUGGUCAUUCUGAUAGAGCUCCAGAGUUCCUCGGUGGGGAUGUGAGAUCAUUCCAGAAUUACAACCGUCUCUGCAGGACUCCACCAAUCAGACCUUUAUGGUAGACUGGCCAGAUGGAAGCCACGCAUCAGUAAAAAGCACAUGACAGCACGCUUGGAGUUUGCCAAAGGCCACAUAAAGUACUCUGAAACAAGAUCCUCAGUUCUGAUGAAACCAAGAUUAACUCUUUGGCCUGCAUGCCAAGCGUCACGUCUGGAGGAAACCAGGCACCAUCCCAACGGUGAAGCAUGGUGGUGACAGCAUCAUGCUGGGGAGGUGUUUUUCAGCGGCAGGGACUGGGAGACUCGUCAGGAUCGAGGGAUAUCUGAACGAAGCAAAGUACAGCGAGAUCCUUUUUGUAAACCUGCUCAGGACCUCAGACUGGGGCGAAGGUUCACCUUCCAACAAGACAACGACCCUAAGCACACAGCCAAGACAACGCAGGAGUGGCUUCGGGAUAAGUCUCUGAAUGUCCUUGAGUGGCCCAGCCAGAGCCCGGACUUGAACCCAAUCGAACAUCUCUGGAGAGACCUGAAAAUAGCUGUGCAGCGAAGCUCCCCAUCCAACCUGACAGAGCUUGAGAUGAUCUGCAGAGAAGAACGGGAGAAACUCCCCAAAUACAGGUGUGCCAAGCUUGUAGCGUCAUACCCAAGAAGACUUGAGACUGCUAAAGGUGCUUCAACAAAAUACUGAUAUUUCAGUUUUUUAUUUUAAUAAAAUCGUCAACAUUUCUAAACCUGUUUUUGCUUUGUCAUUAUGGGUUAUUGUGUGUAGAUUUGAGGGAUUUGUUUUUAAAUCCUGUAAGGGUGUAAUGUAGAAAAAAAAUUCAAAGUCAAGGGGUCUGAAUAUGUUCCGAAUGCACUGUCACAACAGGUCUAAAUAUAUACCAUGACAGCGUUAUGACCAUAUUAGGAUGGGUUAUGACCGGUUGUCACACAUUAUGACGUGGUUAUGACACUGGGUGUCAAGUUAAGUGUUACCCACUGACAUCCCAACACAACAUACUCGCACACAUCAUGCAUACUGUCGCCUCUCACACACACAGACACGCACUUUCACAUAUCGCAUACGCUGCUGCUUCUGUCUUACCUAUCCUGUUUCCUGAUGCUUCAAUUGCGCAGCCUCCAGAUGCUGUGCAAUUGUCACACCCUCCGUAUGGAGCCUCUGGACCACAUUACCAGACCAAGCAUAAAUUGUCCCUAUAUGUACAUAGCUACGUCAAUUACCUCGUCCCCUGCACAUCGACUCGGUACUGGUACUCCCUGUAUAUAGCCAUGUUAUUUUUUACUUGUUAUUGUUAUUUGCAGUAUUUAUUCCUCGUGUCACUAUAUGGAUAUAUGUUUAUCUUUAUCUUUAUCUCUGCAUUGUUGGAAAAGUACCCAUAAGUAAGUGUUUCACUGUCAGCUGUUAACGAAGCAUGUGACAAAUACAGCUUUAUAUUGUUUUGACCCAUGCUCUACCAAGGUUUUCCAGCACACAGCUUUGACCUACUACAGUAUUGGAUGCGGGGGUGCGUCACUUGAGUGGGUUGAGUUACUGACGUGAUCUUCCUGUCUGGGUUGGCGCCCCCCCCCCCCCUUGGUUUGUGCUGUGGUGGAGAUCUUUGUUGGCUAUACUCGGCCUUGUCUCAGGAUUAUAAGUUGGUGGUUGAAGAUAUCCCUCCAGUGGUGCGGGGGCUGUGCUUUGGCAAAGUGGGUGGGGUUAUAUCCUUCCUAUUUGGCCCUGUCCGGGGGUAUCUUCGGAUGGGGCCACAGUGUCUCCUGACCGCUCCUGUCUCAGCCUCCAGUAUUUAUGCUGCAGUAGUUUGUGUCGGGGGGGCUAGGGUCAGUUGGUUAUACCUGGAGUACUUCUCCUGUCUUAUCCAGUGUCCUGUGUGAAUUUAAGUAUGCUUUCUCUAAUUCUCUCGUUCUCUCUUUCUUUCUCUCUCUCUGAGAACCUGAGCCCUAGGACCAUACGUCAGGACUACCGGGCAUGAUGACUCCUUGCUGUCCCCAGUCGGCCUGGCCUUGCUGCUAUUCCAGUUUCAACUGUUCUGCCUGCGGUUACGGAACCCCUCUACCUGUCCCAGACCUGCUGUUUUCAACUCUUAAUGAUCGGCUAUGAAAAGCCAACUGAGAUUUAUUCCUGAUUAUUAUUUGACCAUGCUUGUCAUUUAUGAACAUUUUGAAAAUCUUGGCUCUAUCUAAUUUUCUCCUUCUCUCUUUCUUUCUCUCGGAGGACCUGAGCCCUGGGACCAUACGUCGGGACUGCCGGGCGUGGUGGCUCCUUGCUGUCCCCAGUCCGCCUGGCCUUGUUGCUGUUCCGGUUUCAGCUGUUCUGCCUGCGGUUAUGGAACCGCCACCUGUCCCAGACCUGUUGUUUUUCAACUCUUAAUGAUCGGCUAUGAAAAGCCAACUGAAAAUUAUUCAGGAUUAUUAUUUGACCAUGCUUGUCACUUAUGAACAUUUUUGAACAUCUUGGCAUAGUUCUGUUAUAAUCUCAACACGGCACAGCCAGAAGAGGACUGGCCACCCCUCAUAGCCUGGUUCCUCUCUAGGUUUCUUCCUAGGUUUUGGCCUUUCUAGGGAGUUUUUCCUAGCCACCGUGCUUCUACACCUGCAUUCUAGCUGUUUGGGGUUUUAGGCUGGGUCUCUGUACAGCACUUCGAGAUAUUAGCUGAUGUACGAAGUGCUAUAUAAAAUAAACUUGAUUGAUUUGAUAUUGGAUUAUUCACACACCACACUAAGACAUUAUCCUAUUCCACUAACAUUUCAAGCUUUUAUUUAUUAUAUGAAAGCAAGCUUUUAUACUUACGGUUGAAGUCAGAAGUUUACAUACACCUUAGCCAAAUACAUUUAAACUCAGUUUUUCACAAUAUCUGACAUUUAAUCCUAGUAAAAAAUCCCUGUUUUAGGUCAGUUAGGAUCACCACUUAAUUUUAAGAAUGUGAAAUGUCAGAAUAAUAGUAUAGAGAAUGAUUUAUUUCAUAUUUUAUUUUCUUUCAUCACAUUCCCAGUGGGUCAGACAUACACUCAAUUAGUAUUUGGUAGUGUUAGGCUCUUAUCUUUGAGAGUAAAUAACUCACGGACACUAGAGAAACUUAACCAAGUUUAAUUCUUCCCAAAGGGUUGACACAGCUGUAUUCAGACAGCCAAACAUUUCUCACUAUCACAGGAAUAUAUAUUCCACUUAAGACACUCCUUCUCUCCAAUCCUUACAUCUUAUGGUUCCACAGGAAAAGGGUAGUAAACCCUUAUUACUCCCUUCGGGGGAUCUGACCUCACCUCCUGACCUCAACCCCUCCUUCGCUGGGUCCACAGAUGUCCAUCUGCUUCCCCUAUAGCAAUCCUUUGAUCUCCUCCCGUCCACCCAGCAAAUUCCACAGCCUUUCUACAGAUCUCACUCCUUUAUAUAAUAGGAGUCUGAUCUAUGUCUUUAUCUCAAUGUUCAAAAUGUCGAUUCCUACAGUAGCAUUGCCUUUAAAAUGUUUAACUUGGGUCAAACGUUUCAGGUAGCCUUUUACAAGCUUCCCACAAUAAGUUGGGUGGAUUUUGGCCCAUUCCUCCUGACAGAGCUGGUGUAACUGAGUCAGGUUUGUAGGCCUCCUUGCUCGCACACACUUCAGUUCUGCCCACAAAUUUUCUAUGGGAUUGAUGUCAGUGCUAUGUGAUGGCCACUCCAAUACCUUGACUUUGUUGUCCUUAAGCCAUUUUGCCACAACUUUGGAAGUAUGCUUGGGGUCAUUUGGAAGACCCAUUUGUGACCAAGCUUUAACUUCCUGACUGAUGUCUAGAGAUUUUGCUUCAAUAUGAGAUGUUUGCUUCCUCAUGAUGUCAUCUAUUUUGUGAAGUGCACCAGUCCCUCCUGCAGCAAAGCACCCCCACAACAUGAUGCUGCCACCCCCGUGCUUCACUUCACGGUUGGGAUGGUGUUCUUUGGCUUGCAAGCCUCCCCCUUUUUCCUCCAAACAUAACGAUGAUCAUUAUGUCCAAACAGUUCUAUUUUUUUAAUUUCAUCAGACUAGAGGACCGUUCUCCAAAAAGUACGAUCUUUGUCCCCAUGUGCAGUUGCAAACCAUAGUCUGGCUUUUUUAUGGCGGUUUUGGAGCAGUGGCUUCUUCCUUGCUGAGCGGCCUUUCAGUUUAUGUCGACAUAGGACUCGUUUUACUGUGGAUGUAGAUACUUUUGUACCUGUUUUCUCCAGCAUCUUCACAAGGUCCUUUGCUGUUCUGGGAUUGAUUUGCACUUUUCACACCAAAGUACGUUCAUCUCUAGGAGACAGAACACGUCUCCUUCCUGAGCGGUAUGACGGCUGCGUGGUCCCAUAGUGUUUAUACUUGCGUACUAUUGUUUGUGCAGAUGAACGUGGUACCUUCAGGCGUUUGGUAAUUGCUCCCAAGGAUGAACCAGACUUCUGAGUUCUUGGCUGAUUUCAUUUGAUUGUCCCAUGAUGUCAAGCAAAGAGGCACUGAGUUUGAAGGUAGGCUUUGAAAUAAAUCCACAGGUACACCUCCAAUUGACUCAGGCUAAUUGACAUCAUUAAUCAGAAGCUUCUAAAGCCAUGACAUAAUUUCCUGGAAUUUCCCAAGCUGUUUAAAGGCACAGUCAACUUAGUGUAUGUGAACUUCUGACUAUAGUUUGUUAACAUGAAAUGUGGAGUGGGUGAAAAACGAGUUUUAAUGAGUCCAACCUAAGUGUAUGUAAACUUCCGACUUCAACUGUACAUGACCAUCAGGCUUGAUUUGAGUGAGUUGUUCUGCAUUGUAGUAAUGUGGUGCCUGCCUAUAUUUCCUUAAUCUCUUAUUUUAGCAAUACAUAUAAUUGCGAAAAAAAAUGUAAAUACAUUUUUUGGGGUCAGUAAGUGCCAAACAACUACAGGCUGUGGUGUGUUGGACACAUUCACUAGAUAUCUGUAUGCAUUCCUGAUAUUAUGUAACCAUUGGCUUACCUGUGUAAUAGUGACUUAACUAUCAAUGGACAGUUCAAUACCUCUGUCAAAUGUAAUUUAGUUAUGUUUAUUCCUUUUUGGGUGACGUUAUGACAGUCAUAAUCACUCAAUCACAUCAUAACGGCUGACAUAACUUGCCAUAACACUGUCAUGAGCCACAUAUUUGCACCUGUUGUGACAUAUAUUGCGUUAUUGUAUGACUGGUCAUACCUAUUUAAGUGUCAAAACCCACAGUUAUUAAAAUAUUUUUUCCCCCUGUCAAUUUUUAAUUUGCAAGUUUGUUUCUGAAAUCCUUUGUUGCAAUGAAUUCUCUACAAUGUUUUUACUUUUUAUUUGAAGUAACUUAGGAAAUUACACUUUGACACUUUCAUGCAUUAUGACCAUCAUAAUCAUAUAAGCCAGAUAGGCCUAUCACAUACAUGCCCUUAUAUCAGUCAAAAAAAAGGUGUCUAGUCCUGCUCCUGAAAUCUGCUUUGUUUUAGGUGCAUGUCUGACAUUAAUGUGUGCACUAUUACAAUGAAAAUGUCAUAUGGUGAAUAAAAAAUAAAUAUAUUUAA